ACACGUUUAAAGCAAUUUGUAUGAGACAAGGUUAACCUAGAAUACCGUUAAUACACGUGUUUUGAAAUAUCAUAACUUGGAGCAUUAACGGCUUGUCAAAAUACGCUUAAACAAGUAAGACUGAGUAACGUCGCAGUAAUGGAAGACGUUGAAUUUUAACUCUGCAAGUAACGAGUAAAGUGAAGGGAAAAUAAGUGUAUAAAUAGAAGCUAAUGCACGAUCAUAUUUACAGAUAAUGUUGUUAAUGUGUGCAAACAAGAAGUAUCAUCUAUAUCGAGCUCUCACGAAUCAUCAUUUAUGACAAUUUUUAUCCAGUCCACAUAGCAAAGUUAAAACCGAAAGUUAAAGACAGGAAACUUCGAAUUAAUACCUUGAUUGAAAAGGAUUCGGUAUCUUCCGUGAAGAUACUGCAUUUUGCAGAAAUGGUGAAAGAAGGGUCAGGUGAAUCUGCUAGAGAUGUACAGCUAAUAUGUUCGGAUGACGAGGGGUCCAUUCGCUCGCCAUCCGACAAGCAGCAAAGGCCAAUGGCUACGGUACCGGUCAAGGUACAAAUGAAAAAGCAAUUGGGCCUUUUAGAAGGGACAGCUAUUAUAUUGGGAAUUAUAUUUGGUUCAGGCAUUUUUAUCUCACCAAAGGGAGUGAUACAGGAAGUGGGUAGUGUAGGACUAUCUCUAAUCAUAUGGGUGCUAUGCGGUCUGCUCUCUAUGGUAGGUGCCUUGUGUUAUGCGGAGCUGGGUACUAGUAUACCUCGCAGUGGAGGAGAUUAUGCUUAUAUUCACGAAGCCUUUGGGGCAUUGCCUUCAUUUUUGUACUUAUGGGCCGCAAACUUAAUUUUUGUACCCACGACGAACGCGAUCAUGGGACUGACAUUUGCUCAGUAUGUUGUAAAACCAUUUUUUCCUAAUUGCGACACUCCAGAUGGCGGUGUGCGACUAAUCGCCGCUCUGAGUAUAUGUUUACUCACCUUUAUCAAUUGUUACGACGUGAAAGAGACGUCGAAGAUACAGAAUAUAUUUAUGUUCGCUAAAAUUGGGGCACUGAUGAUUAUCAUUAUAGCUGGAUUAGUCUGGCUCUGUUUAGGACACGGAGAAAACUUCAAGAACACUUUCGAAAAUACAAAUACCGAUCCUGGCAAAAUCGCUGUGGCUUUUUACUCUGGCAUAUUUUCUUACUCGGGCUGGAAUUAUUUGAAUUUUAUGACGGAAGAACUAAAAAAUCCUUAUGUAAACUUACCACGUGCAAUUUAUAUAUCACUGCCGUUGGUGACCUUGAUAUAUGUUAUGGCAAAUGUGGCUUAUCUAGCCGUUUUAACUCCGACUGCUAUGAUCGCUUCCAACGCAAUCGCUGUGACCUUCGGUAAUCAACUUCUCGGAUAUAUGGCCUGGCUAAUACCUGUAAUGGUAGCUGUGUCCGCUUUCGGAGGACUGAGCGUUCACAUUAUGACAUCGUCCCGAAUGUGUUUUGUUGGCGCCAGAAAUGGUCACUUUCCCUCUAUGCUGAGUCACAUCAACAUGUCCAGGCUCACACCUACGCCUGCCCUGAUAUUUCUGUGCAUCCUGUCUCUCAUAAUGUUAUGCACGAGUGAUAUAUUUGUACUGAUCACAUAUUGCAGCAUAGUAGAAUCAUUCUUCAUUAUGAUCUCCGUAGCUGGAAUUUUAUGGCUACGUUAUAAAAGACCUAAUUUAGAACGACCGAUCAAGGUACCGUUGUGGCUACCCAUAUUGUUCGUAACGGUGUGUGUUUUCCUGAUUAUUGUACCAUGCUACGAAAGACCGUACGAAGUCGGUAUGGGCGUUCUGAUCACCGUGUCUGGCAUACCCGCCUAUUUCUUUGGUGUUGCUUGGAAAAGCAAACCAUUGUGGUUCCAGAAAAUAUACAUUAAAGCUACUCACGCUGUACAGAAGAUAUUUCUAUCUGCAAGGGAAGAGUUCGAAAUCGAUUAAGUAAACAACUUCAUAAUUGAAGUUGAUCAAAUGUACGUGUACCAAAGAUACUUAGAUAUUUGAGAAAAAGGCUUGAUUUUAUAUACAUAUAAAUACCAAAAUUGAAAAUAAUGAAUUGAAAUAUCAAGAUGCUACGAAAACGCAAGAUAGAGUUUUAGAAAUUAAAGGAUGUUAUAUUUAUAUUUAUAUUUAAUAUUUAUACUUAAAUUAUAGUUAGAAAUUGCAAAAGUGAAGUGAGAGAAUUGUAAAUGAUAAUUUAUAUUGGAAACUUGAUCUGGAAAUUGCAUUUUACAAUCUUUAAUAUUACUAAAGGUGUGUUGUUUGUUUGUUAUUGUGUGCAGUAUUAUUAAUAUUGUUCAUUACUAUUAUACUAUAUUGAGAAAUUUUUGAUGCUAUUAUACAUCAUUAUAUACUGUAUAUCGUUGCUAUUAUACACUAUUGUAUAAAAUACUGAUGUAUGCGAAAGUAUUGUAAGCAACUACUUAUUGUAAAACCUGUAUUUUGAUAAUGUCAGUAUAUUGCGAUAAAAGUAUCUACAUGUGUAUACCAAUACAUAUUAAAUUUAUUAAUUAAGAAA